GAGGAAGAGGAGGAAGGAGGAGAAGAAGAAGAAAAGAGGAGGAAUAAAGAGGAAGUGGAAGGAAAGGAGAGGAGAGGAGGGAUUUACACUGAGAGAAGUUUGACACGAAUGCAGGCUGUGCUGGGAAUAAUAGCCCGGGACGUAUAAAGUGUGCGUGCCAGUGCGGGAUAAAUCAGUCCGGGUUUGGCACGGCUUGAGUUUAGGUGUGCCACCAGGCUGGACUUUGAAGUUGUUUUUUUUAAUAUCUGGAAUAAGCAUCAAAGCUCCGGAGCUGGUUACUUCCCUGCACCGCAGCAGCACAGCGGUCAGCUCAUGCAUGCACCGCCUGGCACUCAGCCUGCUCUGGAAACUGCUUUUCACGGGGAGUUUGGCACUCGGCAGGUCCCACUCGGUCAAAGCUAGAUUUCCACUUUUUUUUCUAACACAGCCGUGUGUCGCCACCAGCGGCCAGUCUGCGCGGUGCACGCCGGGGCAGGGAGCCUCUCUGGCGGGGAAGUACAGCACGGAGAGUCGGUAACGGAUCCGGAGCUGUUUUUUCCCCCUCUGGAUCCUGCUCGCUCCUUGUGACACUACUUUGAACCGGGACUGCUGCGUGUUUUUGCAGCAGUGUCCCCCGGAGAUUUGGCGUUGUUAUUUUCGCUGGACGUGUCAGUUGUCCCCUGACAGUUAGUUUGUUUGUCGGAGUGUUUUGGCUCGGAGGGCAACUUGGUGUCGUCGUGGAGGGAUUUUCUCCAGACUUGGAGCAGUGACAGCGGGGUUUAACUGGCGGAAUAAUCAAUAAACAAAAAGCCGUCCUGUGUGAGGAGUGUAUGAGGCUAACACACAAGUAGCUCCAAACCGAGCCGAGCCGAGCCAGACCCGACCAUGCCAGUCAGAAAGAAAGACGCACAGCGAGCCCUGCUGCUGCUGGAGGAGUACCGGGCCAAGCUGCACCACGCCGAGGACCGGCAGCUCCGACACUCCAUCCAGAGGGUCAUCGACAUCUUCCAGAGCAACCUCUUCCAGGCUCUCAUAGAUAUCCAGGAAUUUUACGAAGUGACCUUAUUGGACAGUCAGAGAUGGGCGGAGUCUUCCAAGGCAGCAGACCCCAUGGCGCCCGUCCACCUGUGGGACUUCUCCAGCCUUCAAAGCACAACGGUGACCUCGGACACUCUGCCCAGCCUUAGCACCAGCAUCGAGAAGUACAGGCACCACGAUGAGGACUCGUCCCCCCAGGACCAGAGCUCCCCCCAGCUGACGGAGGAGGCGGGGGGGCCAGAGCUGGUCCAGGUAGCAGAGAAGAACCUUUCCCAGAUCGAGAAUGUGCACGGAUACGUCACCCACGCUCACAUCUCACCUAUGAAGGUAGCAUCUCUGGAGUGCAUCUUUGACGGCUCCUCAGCGUUAGGACAGCAGCACCUCCCGGAGCUCCCCUCCCCUUCGUCCUCCACCCUCUAUACCCACGGCGAGGACAGCCCCCUCCCCUCCUGCUCCUCCAACCCCUACCCCCCAAUCCAGCAGGCAGAGGCCACCCCGCCCUCCUCUCCCAUAAUCCCUGUGAUCCCAGUCUCACCAAUCGCAGCCGAGACCACCAUCAUCCCUCCGACGUCACAGGCCAACCCUCCCCCUGUGGUGGUCAACACGGACAGCCUGGACACGCCUCCAUAUGUGAACGGGACGGAGGCUGAUUAUGAGUACGAGGAGAUCACGCUGGAGAGGGGGAACUCGGGUCUGGGCUUCAGCAUCGCGGGCGGCACAGACAACCCUCACAUCGGUGAAGACCCCAGCAUCUUCAUCACCAAAGUCAUACCUGGAGGAGCCGCUGCUCAGGACGGACGGCUCAGGGUUAAUGAUGUCAUCCUGAGAGUUAACGAGGCGGAUGUUCGGGAUGUGACCCACAGCCGAGCCGUGGAGGCCCUGAAGGAGGCCGGCUCGCUGGUUCGACUCUACGUCCGCAGGAGGAAACCCGUCUCAGAGAAAGUGAUGGAGAUCAAACUAGUGAAAGGACCCAAAGGUCUGGGCUUCAGUAUAGCAGGCGGAGUGGGGAACCAGCACAUCCCAGGUGACAACAGCAUCUACGUCACCAAGAUCAUUGAAGGAGGAGCUGCACAUAAAGACGGGAGGCUGCAGAUCGGAGACAAACUGCUGGCUGUGAACAGUGCUUGCCUGGAGGAGGUGAGCCACGAACACGCCGUCACUGCCUUGAAAAACACUCCUGACGUGGUCUACUUGAAAGUGGCUAAACCCAACAGUGUCUUCAUGAACGACAGCUUCGCCCCGCCCGACCUCACCAACUCAUACUCCCAGCACAUGGAGAACCAUAUCAGCCCCCCCAACUUCCUGGGUCAGCCCCUCCCCCCGCCAGCAUCCUCAGGACGCUACUCCCCGACCCCGAAGAGCAUGCUGGGAGACGACGAUGUCACCCGGGAGCCCAGGAAGGUGGUGCUGCACAGAGGAGCGACAGGACUGGGCUUCAACAUCGUGGGCGGGGAGGACGGAGAGGGAAUCUUCAUCUCCUUCAUCCUCGCUGGAGGACCAGCUGACCUCUGUGGAGAGCUGAGGAAAGGAGACAGACUCGUCUCCGUAAAUGGGGUGGACCUGCGUAACGCCACCCACGAACAGGCAGCCGCCGCCCUGAAGAACGCCGGGCAGACGGUGACCAUCAUCGCCCACUACAGACCAGAGGAGUACAGUCGGUUCGAGGCGAAGAUCCACGACCUGAGAGAGCAGAUGAUGAACAGCAGCAUCAGUUCUGGAUCUGGAUCUUUGCGAACGAGUCAGAAGAGGUCGCUGUACGUCAGAGCUCUGUUCGACUACGAUAAGACCAGGGACUCCGGUCUGCCCAGUCAGGGACUCAACUUCAAGUUUGGAGACAUCCUCCACGUGGUGAACGCCUCUGACGAUGAGUGGUGGCAGGCCAGACAGCUGACGUCACAGGGGGAGGUGGAGGAGGUGGGGGUGAUCCCCAGCAAAAGACGGGUUGAGAAGAAGGAGAGAGCGAGAUUAAAGACGGUGAAGUUCAACGCAAAGUCUCGAGACAGAGGGCAGUCUCUCAAUGACAAGCGUAAAAAGAACCUCUUUUCCCGAAAGUUUCCGUUCUACAAGAGCAAAGAGGCGAGCGAGCAGGAGACCAGCGAUGUCGACCAACAUGUGACCUCUAACGCCAGCGAUAGUGAAAGUAGCUACCGUGGGCAGGAGGAGUACGUUCUGUCGUAUGAACCCGUCACUCAGCAGGAAGUGAACUACACCCGUCCCGUCAUCAUCCUCGGCCCCAUGAAGGAUCGGAUCAACGACGACCUGAUCUCUGAGUUCCCAGACAAGUUCGGAUCCUGCGUCCCUCAUACGACCCGGCCGAAACGGGACUACGAGGUGGACGGCAGAGAUUAUCACUUUGUGGUGUCCAGAGAGCAGAUGGAGAAGGACAUCCAGGACCACAAGUUCAUCGAGGCGGGACAGUACAACAACCACCUGUAUGGAACCAGCGUACAGUCGGUCCGAGAGGUGGCCGAGAAGGGUAAACACUGUAUCCUGGACGUGUCGGGGAACGCCAUCAAGAGACUCCAGCUGGCGCAGCUUCAUCCCAUCGCCAUCUUCAUCAAACCCAAAUCUGUGGAGAACAUCAUGGAGAUGAACAAGCGUCUGACAGAGGAGCAGGGCAGGAAAACCUUCGACAGAGCCACCAAGCUGGAGCAGGAGUUCACCGAGCAUUUCACAGCCAUCGUUCAGGGUGACACUCUGGAGGAGAUCUACGAUCAGGUGAAGCAGAUCAUCGAGGAGCAGUCGGGUCCGUUCAUCUGGGUUCAGUCCAAGGAGAAGUUAUGAGGUUCAAAACUCUGUCUGCGCCAUCGCUCCUCCUCUCUUUAGAUUCACUUUGUUUUACUUUGAAAAGAAAAGUCGACCUGCAGACAGCAGCCUCCUCCCUCCUCCCUCCUGCCUCCUCCCUCCUGCCUCCUCCCUCCUCCCUCCUGCCUCCUCCCUCCUCCCUCCUCCCUCCUCCCUCCUGCCUCCGGAUCAACGAUACGACACACCGGCUGACCAGAGCGUUGUUUCAUUUUGUAUUUGUUUUGCCUGAAUAAGACUCCAUUGUUGGGUUUCCUGACCAGCAGAGUAAAGCACACAGGAAGUUUGAUGACAUCACUCAACACGGUACAGCUCCUUAAUGUUUAAGGGAGGAGAAGAAGAAGACGUGUCCAUGAAAGUGGCGAGAAGAAACGUACGAAGAUGAUUUUAUCUUUUUUU